AUGACUGGCAAAUAUUUGAAUGUGAUUCAAUCAUCCAAUCACUCCGAAGAGAGGAAGAAAACAACCAGCAUAAUAACUACAAUCCAUCCAAUGCCCAAAGCAACUAUAUCCAACCCCGAGUGGUGGGAGCAAAGACAAUGCUGCGAUGGGACGAAAUUCUACUACAACAUUGCAACAAAUGAAAGAACAAAACUGAAUCCAACCCGUGGUCCACUUCCCCCCGGUUGGCUCGAAUUUGAAGACCAAGGAGAAAUUUUAGUUCGCCAAGUUCGCACUGGAAUCAUUGCAAAAACAGACCCAAGAUGCUAUCGACCAGAUCAAGAGAGACGAGCAGCUGCAACAAUUCAUGAAUGGACUACGCACCUAGCAAGUCCUUUGUAUAGCCAACCUACUGCUCAUAGCGUCUUGAGAAUCAUUUGGAGAGAUGUGGAAAUGCAUCUUCCUGGAUUUCGAAUGGAUUUGGAACAAUAUGAGAAGUUGAGAAAGAAGGCUACCUUCAAUGCUGAGCUUGUCCAAAGUUUGGAUGAUAAUCUUCAAGCUAUUGAGACUUGGCGUGCUAUGGCCGAAACACAAGUGGAAAAGUUGGAAAAGAAUGCUGCAGCUUCGGGGAGGAAUAUCAAUGUGGAAGGAUUGAGAAGAAACUUUGAUGCUUUUGGAAAAGCUGUUGAUGCAGCAACACAAGAAAUGAUUGAAGGGUGGUUGAUAACAGAGCACAACAUGUAUCUGUUGAAAUUAUUGGAAAUUUUCUUUAGUUCAUUGAGAAGGCCAACAUGGGGAUAG